AUGGGUAAUCCACGGAGACCGAGGAGCGCCGACGACCUUCAUACGGCGGCAAGGUCCGGUGAUCUCAUUGCCGUUCAGUCAAUUUUGGCUUCAAAUCCUUUGGCCGUUAAUUCCAGAGAUAAGCAUUCCAGAACACCUCUACAUUUAGCAGCAUUUUCUGGGCAAGCGGAGGUAGUCGCUUAUCUCUGCAAGCACAAGGCUGAUGCUGGUGCUUCUGCUAUGGAUGACAUGGCUGCAAUACACUUUGCUUCACAGAAGGGACAUUUAGAAGUUGUUCGUGCUCUAAUUUCAGCUGGGGCCUCUCUCAAAGCAUUUACCCGCAAAGGCAUGACAUCAUUACACUAUGCUGUUCAAGGUUCCCAUCUGGAACUCGUCAAGUACUUGGCCAAGAAAGGGGCAAACCUUGGUGCCCAGACAAAGGCAGGAAAGACCCCUUUGGAUCUUGCUAGCAAAGAAGAAAUCCGAUCCUUUCUGGAGGAAUAUCAGAAGUCAGCAAAAAAUGGAGAACUGGGCGAGGAAGAUAAAGAUACAGCUGAAGAAUCUGAUCCCAAGGCAUCUGAAUUGGGAUCGGAAGGUGAUUUGAAUACUGAACCUCCUGCAGCUGCUGUUGAUGAAGAAAACAAUGUGGGAGAGAAGAGAAAGGGUAAUGACGAUGACACAAGACAAGAGUCGUCGCAACCAAAAAAAGCGAGAGUUAAGUUAAGCCAUCUCCAAAGUUCAGAUGAUACCCAAGAAGAAGAGAACAUGUAG